AUGGGCCGGACCCACACCUCGUGCCCCGAUGCUUCCUCAGCUAGCACCCAACCGCAGGUUCAUGAGCAUGCAGUCCCUUUGCAGGCCGAGGCCGGCCACGAGUUUCUGGAGAAGCUCGUUCCCCAGGGCCAGAAGAACAAGGCCCCGGUACCUGAUGCCGGCUCAAGCCAAGCUCCUCCCGCCAAACGCUUCCGGACGGAAGUCUUUGCGAGGAAAGAAGCAGGCAGGAGGCGCUACAAGGGGAAAACGAUGUCGGUCUCUUCUGGCCCUGCGCUUAAGCUCUCCAAGAGCGCCAACGGCACGAAGCCGGAAAGCUCCGAGGGAACCGCAAGGGCCUCAACUCCUCCUCCUCAGUCUAGCCCGGGCGUACCAUCGCCUCCCAAGACCUCGACCGUGCCGCUGCCAGAAGCCCCGAACGUCGAGCUAAGCGGGGCCGCUCCAACGCCGCCGCCAGAAACCGUCAAGAUCACCAAGUUCCUCAAGCCGGAGGCUUCCAAGGGGAAGGCCACAGCUUCCGGCACUGCUUCGCCUGACCCACAUCAGUUGACGCUGCACGCCGGCCGCGCCGCUGUCGCAGCUGGUGAGAUGGCCACCGGCCUGCUUGGCCGGAUAACCGAGUUUAAGCGCGAAGCUAUCCCGGAAGCUUCCAUCGAAGCCCUCAAGAUUCAGCUCGCCGCACUCCAAGGUGAAAAAGAGCAGCUCAUCCGGGAGCACCGCGAGGCUCUGGACGCCCAGGAGACUUACUCCAAGGAGCUGAAGGACCAGCUGAUCCAGCUCGGGCUCAAGCACAAUGAGGCGAUGAAGGCCGCCCAAGUCGCCGCUGAGGCUAAGCUAAACGAAGCUCUGGAGGAUGCCAACAACUCCACCGUGGUGCUGCGGGCAGAGCUAGAGGAGGGAGCCAAGGCGCGGAAAGCAGCCGAGGAUCAGGCCGCGCGCUUGGAGGGAGAGCAGAAGGAGUAUGACCAACUGGUCAUGCAGACCGACGCGCUUGCCCUUAGGCUCUUUCCGGACUCGCAGGCGUAUGCGCUGAAGAAGGUAGCAGAGCGCCGGAUCGCGCAAGCGUACAAGAAUCUGGAUGCGCCCUGGGACCCUUAUGACCACCUGGUCGCAUUGUCUGCCCGGGUCUCCCACAUGCGCGCGGUGGACCGGAACCUUGCCGACAUUCCUGAAGUGGCGAUCCAGCUCUUCAAGGUGCUUUGGCCUGAGGAGGAGGUGCCGGCUAACUUGUCGCUCACCUCCGAUCGCCUCAAAGAAGAGUACAACCACCUCAUGAAGGAAUUGGAGGUCGAGGAGGCAGCUGAGGCGGAAUCUGCCCCGCCCAAGCAGGUCCUCGCAACUUUGGCGGCGUUGGAUCAGCGGGAAUCAGAAGAUGAGCAUACUUACUCCGAUCCACAGCCAUCCCAUGCAGGAUCUCCGCUCUCGCGGGAACGUCCGUAUAAGGAAGUCCUGUCCCCAGAAGAACUCGUUGAGCAGGCAGGCAUGGAUUCAAUCGCACACUCGGAUAUCCUCAACAAACCCAUUACUCCCGAAGAUGCAGCAAAUGCGGAAGCCCUAGAAGCCAAAAGGCAGGAGAUGCUGGCCACAACCAAAAAAAAUCGCAACCACCGCAGCAGCAAUGCUUGA